AUGAUGUUGCUUGGAUUCUACGAUAUCUUCAAUACCACUUGUUUUCUAUUCUCCUUCUAUGGAAUUUUCGCAAUGAAUAUGCAGAGUAUUUUGAGUUUAUUUAUAGGAUUGGACAGGUUGUAUAAAGUGUCUUUUCCAGUCAAAUACUCAAAACUUCCAAUAUCCCAUUACAUCAUUGGUUUUGUGUUCUGUGUCGUUGCCUCUCUACUGGUCACUUUUUCAAAAUAUGCUUUCUUGGCAGAAAACAAUCUGCACAUCAAAACUGUAGAAUCUGUGAAUCGAAUUCUCAACUCUCUCAUCGUCAUCAUAGCGUUUUAUGUGUGUACGUGGUUUUUAGCAAUGGCUUCGUUGUUUCUGUCGGAGGUUCUAAAACUCGAGGGAGCAACGGUGUACAUGGUUCGAAGAUGGGCCGGUUGGCUUGUGACUUGUAAUUCCUCCCUUCAUGUUUUUGUAUAUUUUUGGAGAACGCCGGAGUACAGAAAAGCUAUUAUUCAAUUCUUCUGUCUUCCCUUCAAAUCUGAAUCCAACAACUCAAAAAUUCUAAUAUCUGCUAUUCCCAGGAAUCAAGUUAUGGUUUUAUGA